AUUAGCCACUUUUUCAUAGCAUUUUGCUUGGUUGUCCAUUCGGUUCCACGUUUUUUGUGUUACCGGGUAUUGUUUAAUGUUCGCUUUUAUAUCGAAAAUCGUAUUCAAAUAAUACUUAAAUCCGUAUUUUACCCUUUGCUUCACAGUUUUUGCUGCCGCACUAAUCAAACAUGAGUAGGUUCUUCGCCACCGGCUCGGAUUCCGAGUCCGAUACCUCGUCCGAAGAAGAGCAGGUUAUCCGCCAACCAACUGCGAAUUUCACAUUUAGUGAUGAUGAAGAAGACACAAAACGUAUUGUACGUUCACUGAAAGAAAAACGAUAUGAAGAAUUAACAAUGACUAUCAAACAAAUAAGAAAUCAUAAAAAAAUUAAGGAUAUGAGUAGCUUGCUAACUAGUUUUGAAGAUUUAACUCGAGCAUAUACCAAAGCAUUUAAUGCGGUCAUAUUGAAAGAAGAAAAUGGAAUAGCUCCACGUUUUUUUGUCCGUUGCUUGGUUGAGAUGGAAGAUUUUAUCAAUGAAGUCUGGGAUGAUCGUAUAGGACGUAAAAAUUUAUCUAAAAAUAACUCUAAAAGUUUGGCUUCACUUAGACAAAAGUUUAGAAAGUAUGUUAAAGAUUUUGAGGGUGAUUUAGCUAAAUUCCGAGAAAACCCGGAUCUUCCUGAUCAAGAAGAAGAUCAAAAAGAAGAUGAAGAUUUAGAUUCUGAUGAAAGUGAAAGUGAAGAUGAAGCUCCAGCUGCAUCAUUUAAAAAAAUGGAAGAUAAAAUACCCAAAGUACCAAAAACUGGUGGUGAAUCUGACAGUGAUGAUUCUUUCGAUUGGGGUAGUGAUUCUGAAAGUUCCUCAUCAAGCAGUGAAGACGAAGGACAAUACCAAAGUAUAAGAGAACGGUUUUUGAAAAAAUCAACUGAUAAAGAUGAUGAUGAAAAAAAAGAAAAGAAAAAAGAACGUAAGGAAAAACCAAAGAAACAGAAACGUGAAGAAGAAGAUGAGAGUGAUACUGAAUGGCAAAAAGUCCGAAGAGGAGUAGCUAUUCCGUCUGAAAAACCAAAAAUGUUUGCAAAAGAUGCAGAAAUUACUCCAGAAGCUGUUUUACGUAAAUUGUCUGAAGUAGUUGCAGCACGUGGAAAGAAACGUACUGAUCGCAGAGAACAAAUUGAACUAUUACAUGAACUAUUGUUGAUAUCAGAAGCUCAUAAUUUAGGAUUAGGAUUAAGAGUAAAAAUAAAGAUGUCUAUUAUAUCUUCUAUUUUUGAUUACAACCCUAAAGUAUCUGAUGCUAUGAAGCCAGAAAUUUGGAGCAAGUUGUUAGAUUGUAUCGUUGAACUUCUAGAAUUGAUACUUCCUGUUAAAGACACAAUAUUCAUUGGAGAAUCCGUAGCAGAGGAUGCUGAAACAUUGGAUAAACCUAAUUUUAGAGUACGUGGUUGCAUACUUACAAUUGUUGAAAGAUUAGAUGAAGAAUUCACUAAACUUUUGAAAGAAUGUGAUCCUCACAGUAAUGAUUAUGUACAAAGACUUAAAGAUGAAAAACGAGUAUGUGACAUAAUCGAUAAAGUUCAACUUUAUUUAGAACAUCAAAAUAUUGAAUCUGAAGUUUGUCGUAUUUAUAUGCGUAAAAUAGAUCAUUUAUACUACAAAUUUGAUCCAUUAGUGCUAAAACAAAAGAAGGGAGAAAUACUUGCAUCUCAUAAGACAAAUGUUCAGAUCAUGGAAAAUUUGUGUAAAUAUAUUUAUGAUAAAGAUGCUACUGAUCGCUUAAGAACCAGAGCAAUUUUAUGUCAUGUGUAUCAUCAUGCUUUACAUGAUAAUUGGUUCCAAGCUAGAGAUUUAGUGCUUAUGUCUCACUUACAAGAAACUAUACAACAUUCAGAUCCUCCAACUCAGAUUCUUUACAAUCGUACAAUGGCUCACAUUGGCUUAUGUGCCUUCCGUCAAGGUAAUAUUAAAGAUGCUCACAACUGUCUAGUUGAUUUAAUGAUGACUGGUAAAGUCAAAGAGUUGUUAGCACAAGGAUUGUUACCACAAAGACAACACGAACGCAGUAAAGAACAAGAAAAAAUAGAAAAACAAAGACAAAUGCCUUUCCAUAUGCAUAUUAAUUUAGAACUCUUGGAAUGUGUGUAUCUGGUGUCAGCUAUGCUUAUUGAAAUUCCAUACAUGGCAGCUCAUGAAUUUGAUGCGAGGCGUCGUAUGAUUUCUAAAACAUUUUACCAACAAUUGCGAUCAAGUGAGCGUCAAUCUUUAGUUGGUCCUCCAGAAUCCAUGAGGGAACAUGUAGUUGCUGCAAGUAAAGCUAUGAGAAAUGGAAAUUGGUUGGCUUCACGUAAUUUUAUAAUCAAUGAGAAAAUGAAUGCUAAGGUAUGGGAAUUGUUUUAUGAAAGUGAUAGAGUCAGAGAAAUGUUAGAACGUUUGAUAAAAGAAGAAUCUUUACGCACAUACUUGUUUACUUAUUCUCAUGUUUACAACUCCAUUUCAAUGAAAACAUUAUCAGAGAUGUUCGAACUUCCAAAAAGCACAACUCAUUCUAUCAUUUCAAAAAUGAUUAUUAAUGAAGAACUAAUGGCAUCUCUAGAUGAUCCUACCCAAACUGUUGUAAUGCACCGUAGUGAACCUAGUAGGUUACAAUCACUUGCUUUACAACUGGCCGAUAAAGUUAAUAACUUUGUCGACUCCAAUGAAAGAAUUUUCGAAAUGAAACAAGGAAACUUCUUCCCAAGAGGAGGUAAUCAAAAUCAAGGACAAUAUAGACAAAACUUUGGUCGGCAAGGUGGUGGUGGACAUGGAGGACAUGGAGGACAUGGAGGACAUGGUGGUCAAGAUUGGAACAGACAGCGACGAGAAAACCGGGCUUAUUAACUUUCUUAAACAAUUGAUAGUUAUUUUCUUUUUCUAAAAAUAUAGUUGUAAAGUAUAAAAAUUUAAAAACACUUCCACUUUUAUAUUAAAUUUAA